AUAGGGGAAGCGACCUUUAAGUAUUGUUUUGAAGGACUUGCCCAAACAUACAUUACAUGGGACCCCUGCUCCAAAAUAAAUAUCAGUCCGAUGCCCAUUAACUGUGCUGCCUAAGGCUUUCUGACAGUAUCGGCCAGAACAUGCACAAUAGACAAUUCUUUCUUGUCUUCCAUUAGCUUUGCCGGCAGUAUGUUGUCGGUGCUUCAGUUCUGGGCGGGAGCAGCUGUCGCUCUAUUGGGAUGCUGCGCCGCCGCGACAGCUCCGGAUGAAUCAGCGGAGUUCUAUGGAAACCUUGUAGCACAGCCAUCAGCACUUGCGCGGUUAGUGGAGAAGAAGGGCAUGGUAAGUUUCGGGGGCUGCCGUGCCUGCAACACCCAGACUCCCAGCCUGGUGUCACGCGUCUCCCCCACCCACACCAAUAGCCAGCUUUUGGCUUACCUAUGGGACAUGUGUUCAAGUUGUCCACCCAUUAGCCCUUUUCCUGCGCCGAUAUGCCCGACCCGUGCAGUGCUAUCGUGCACCCCUGUCUGCCACAGAACAUCUUUCCGCUUUUCGCCCCGCGGCCCUGGACCUUGAAUACCUUACACAUUAUUCACAGAAGGGCCGCGCUUGCUCGCCUCCUGAACCCAAGCUUACGGCUGCACGCAAUCACGUACUCACCGUUUUCAACCACCCCCCUCCACAUCUCCACUCCAGCACUCCUUGUAUGCCUCGCACACCCCUGCCUCCUGGGGUUCUCCCCCCUCCCCGCACACCCCAUCACCACAUGGCACUGCCAAUCACCGCAAAGCCCUCCAUCCCCCUCCCGGCCUCCUUGCUGCCAUGCAUGCUCCCCGGCCCCACCACCGCAGGUGCCCGUAGAGCGGUGGGAGGAGGCGCAGUUCACAUGGGAGCCCUUCCACCAAUGGGUCAUGAAUACCUCGGUGUACCGCCGUGCCGUACACCGCAAUUACCCCAUGUCGUACCCGUGCGGCGUGUGGGCCAACCACUUCUACAAGUUCGUGUUCAUUCGCAACCGCAAGGCGGCGAGCACCACCGUGACUGACAACUUUGACAAGUGCCACUACGAGAACUCGGACCCCAGGCUCUGCAUAGAGGUGGUCAGUCUGAACCGGCUGAAGGAGCGAGGAGUGGACCCUGCGGUCAUGUGGCGCGACUACUUUGUGUUCACCACUAGCCGCAACCCCUGGUCGCGAGCGGGCUCGUCGUACGACUACUGCUCCACCAAAUGGGCUCGCACGGACGGACCCUGCAGGCAGCCUCCCUUCUCCGCCUUUUCUCGCGACCCCUCCAUCCUGGGCAAGAUCAGCAACCUGUUCCACUGCUUCGACCGGGUGGGCAUGUACCAUGACUACUACCACACGGAGCCCGUGGCGCCCUGCAUCACCACGGAGACGGGGCUGCCUGCGGUGGACUACAUCAUACGCUACGAGAACCUGUCCAGCGACCUGCCCGAGGCGGUGCGCAUCAUCAACCAGCGUCGGGACCCCUCGCUGCCGCCGCUACCCGAGCCUAAGAUCUACUGGAAGAAGAAAGGACAGGCGGCCCGGUCGCACGAGGAGCAGGGUGUGGAGUCUAACACGGCGGCGCUGGUGGGGCACGGCGACAAGUACCACAAGUGCGGCAUGCAGUGCGUGCGGGACAUCUACGAGUACUUCAGGGUUGAUUUCGAGCUGUUCAAGAUUCCCUUGCCUGAAGCGGAUCCCGCGGGUGACCGAUAGCAUGAGUCGAGGCGGCUGCGAGGCAUGACGGCACGGCGUUUCAAGAUGGGCAAUCCCUGAUGUUUGGUAGCUAGCGGUGUGGUCGGCUGGCGGGGCAUGUUAGGCGCCGCUGGUAACCAGUAGGAAGCCAACCGCAUUCACAUGCUAGGACUGUGACGCCAGUCACUCCCUUGCCAGUUGCCACCCAUGGUUGCAAGGUGGGGUGGGCGAGCAGAGCCGGAAGGAUUGUCAUGGGAUAGGUUAGGUACGGGUGGCUCUGCAGGGUUUGCGGGAUAGCCAGCCGAAGAGAUGGCGGGCGCUGAAAGGGGUGCAGACAUAGUUGCAGCAAUACUGCUAGAACAGGCGUUGGAGCCAAUGGCGCGAAAUGGGGCAAAUGGUUACGCAGGUAGCGAAGAAUGUGCCUGGGUGGUGCUUGGCAACCCAAGUGAUGCCUGAAAUUGGGUGAAUGCAGGGAAGGAUAAGGGAGAAAGCCAGGCGUGCACGCUGCAGGCCAUAUACAAUGAUGGGAACGAUGCGUCUAUUGUACUUGCUGCUGCUGCUCCUUUUUGUUUAGGGCACGAUCAUCGCGAUCGUGUUAUGGUUCUGCAGGUUUAUGCCGUGCACGUGGGAGAUUGUACAUAUAAGAUAUGGCUGCUUUGGGGAAAAGUGCUCGGGGUAGCGGAGUGAAGACACAGAUUGUUUGGGUGUAGACUCUUCUGGCAGUGCAGUGAAGUUGGAUAGGGGGGGCGAUACCUGCCUGGUGGAGAAGCACAUGCCGGCAUGGAUACGGUAGGUAGUGGGACCGGGGCGUUGCGCUGCUGCGCGAUUCCUGUAUUGAAGACAUGGGGUUAGUUGACAGGAGGGCAAUAAGGACAAAUGACAAAAGACCUGCGCCUUACCUUACAGAAACUAACGUGCAUUCAAUGACAGUACGCUUGACAACACCUGCUCACCUUUUGUACUGGAUGCCUCCGUACACUGGUUACAAUAUGCCAACG